GUACUUCAACUAAAUUUGCAGCAGAGCAAGUUAUUGUACAUGCGUGGAAUGAUACCAUUGAGCAGAGGAUAAGAAGCUCCUUCCUCUUUUAACAAACAAAGGAAUAGGAUCCAAGACAGAGAGAGCACGCGCGCCGGGAAUUUUGCGGCGUCUUCUUCGGUUCCCGAUAAUUAGGAUCUAUCCGGUGCUAACUGCUUACCAACGUAAAAAAAAAAAGGGAAAAUUUUAUUUUUUGUUUUUUUGCUAUUUUUGGGGGGAGGGGAGGGGAAUUGAAGAAGAGGAGGAGCGGAGGGGAGUCUAAAUCUGGCAAACGUCGGGGGAUUGAGGGCGAGGAAGCAGGGGAUCACGGUGGAGGGCGAGGACGCGGAGGAGUGCAGGCCGUGGCGUCGGAGGCUGUCAUCGAUGGCGGUCUCCUGGUCUUCUCUCCUUCGGAUCUCCCUCCUCUUCCUUCUCGCGGCCGCCAUCGUCGCGGCCUUCGCCACCCUCCCCAUGGAAAAGAUUUUGAAGGAUUUUUUGGUUUGGAUCAAGGAGAAUCUUGGUCCAUGGGGUCCUCUUGUUCUGGCUGUGGCGUAUAUUCCUUUGACUGUGUUAGCGGUUCCAGCAUCAAUACUUACACUGGGUGGUGGAUAUCUUUUUGGGUUGCCUGUGGGCUUCAUUGCUGACUCCAUUGGAGCAACAAUUGGUGCAACAGCUGCAUUCGUGCUUGGUAGAACGAUUGGAAGGCAUUAUGUUAUUUCCAGGUUGAAGGAUUAUCCCAAGUUUCAGGCAGUAGCUAUUGCAAUCCAGAGAUCUGGUUUUAAGAUUGUAUUGCUGCUUAGGCUUGUACCAUUGCUUCCAUUUAACAUGCUAAAUUACCUCCUAUCUGUUACUCCUGUUGGCAUUGGAGAGUAUAUGAUGGCUUCCUGGCUGGGAAUGAUGCCAAUUACUCUUGCACUAGUAUAUGUUGGAACAACUUUAAAGGAUCUAGCUGAUGUGACACAUGGAUGGAGUGAGGUUUCUACUACUCGUUGGGUACUUAUAAUAUCAGGGUUUUUAAUAUCAGCUAUCCUUAUGGUAUGCGUUACAAAAGUGGCAAAGUCAUCUUUAGACAAGGCGCUGGCUGAGAAUCCAGAGGUGGAAAGCAUCCUGGUCACACCUCAACUUCCAAUCGUCUCCACUCCAGACCUACACCAACCUCUUAUAAUCAAGAUUGACCCUUCAAUUGAUGAACACAAAAGUUAGAUUCCUUAUUUCUUUGUAAAUUUUUCCAUUCACAGUUUCUUCAGCAUGAUACAGGCUAGUACAAGCAUCAGUUAAAGGAACCAUCUUGCAUUUGAGGCAGCAGUAUGCUUUCUGGGGCUGGUCUCAAUCUUGUAUGAUGUAGGCUUUUCUUUCCUUCUUUCCUUUUUGUCCCCUUAAAUACACACCAGAUGAAUAUACGAAUGUAUUGUGUUACCUGAAAGCAAUGAGACAUGGUGCAACUCUUUCCUUUUUGAAG